UUUCUUUUGCAACAGUUGUAACUUAUAAACUAAGGUUAGAAGAAUCUAUAGAAGCUUUAAUCAAGAUGACGCUAAAGCAUAAAACUAUAAUAUUACUGGAGGUCGUCUUCAAACUUCCUCUUCUGAUUCUGGGUACCGUGAUGAUCAUUUUUGGAGCUCUCAACCUACCCCAGGAUGGGAUAGAAAAUGGAUGCUUGUCAGCUGAUCGUCUACCUCUCUACGUUCUAAUUGGUGGAGCUGUGCUGGUUGGUUGUAUUGUUGCUCGAACUAUACUAGAACGGCUUUGUACUUGCUGUGAGGAUUGUACAAGGAAUCAAGACUGCUGCAAGGUCGGAGGAAGAAUUGUAGAGUUUUCAUUUCUCAUAAUAUUCGACAUUAUUCUCGUAACCGUCGCAACAAUUUGGUCUCUGGUUGGAUUGGUUUACGUUCUCAACAAUAUUCCAAACAAUCCAUUCUACAGAAUUGAGCAGGGAUUAGGGGAUGUAGGAGACAAAAUUACGAAGGGAAUUGAAGAUUUGUCGGGCCAGGAACCAGUAGAUCAGGACGAGGUAUUUGACUGCAACAUCCAUCUGUAUAACCUGAGCAUAGUCUCAAUAUUUACUGGAUUUGUGCUGGCUCUUCUCAUUCUCAUAUUUCUAGUGUUUGGUCGUCUUUGUUGCAACAUGUGCUGCUGUGACCCGUGCGCGGAGAAAGAGAAUGAAGACGACGAGGAGGGUGCGCUCAGAACAACAAGGGGCACAGUAGACUCGGAUAAACUCCGAGAUCAGGCGUCAACAAAAAUCGAGAAGACUACGGAGGAAGAUGAUUCCCCAAAACGGCCACGUAGAACCUACAAUCAGAUAUUUAAACAUAUUAGCAGCGCUGGAUCAAAAUAAACAACUUGCUGUGGCACCCCUAUAUUAAAUCGUUAUUAAUAAAGAUUAAAUAA